UGCAAUCUGGGGAGAAUCAUGUUUUCCUGUGUGCUGUGUUAUAAGGGUUCCUGAAGUGGGAAGUGAAGGUAACUCUGGACUCUAGAGAGCAUGGAGACUUCAGUGGACAAGACAAUGGAUCGAGUCUCAUACACCCAGAGUAACCCGCUUUUUGACAUGUCACUCAGCAGAAGUGAUGUCUACCAUUUCCAGCCAGACGAUCUGAAGCCAGCAAGGCCCAGAAAACAGUGGUGUGUUAAUGUGAUUGUGGUUUACCUCAUCUUGCAGACUGCUCUUAAUGCCUUUCUCCUUUAUAAAGUUUUCACGUUGGAGUCUUCACUGUCUAACCCCAGGUUAGAGAAGCUGACGUCCAAUCACAUUCUUCUGGGUGGAGAACAGGAUGAUAAAAACCUCCAAACUCUCAUCCACAACAACAGUCAAGAAACUAAGACCCUAAGAGGCCACCUAUGGGUCCUGAAGAGCCAGGUCAACAGUCUCUGCGGAGAGGAUGGUCAGCUGGACAGACUGAGGGCUGACCUGAGCCUGCUCAACAAAAGCACCCACAACCUGGAGGGCAAUCUGACAACAAUCAGCCUCAAAACAGGACCUCCUGGUCCUCCUGGGCUGCAAGGACAUCCAGGGACACCAGGAGAGAGGGGCUUCAAAGGUGACAUUGGUGUAGCUGGCCCUCCAGGACUAAAAGGUGAAAGGGGACUCAAUGGAAAAUCUGGAGAGCCAGGAGUUGCUGGGCAAAUUGGCCCAGCUGGACCCACUGGACCUCCUGGACCCACCGGUCCGAGGGGUCUGCAUGGGCUCCCAGGGGCCCCUGGGGAUCAAGGACCAGUUGCAAAGGGAGAGAAAGGAGAACCCGGGGCCCCAGGCCCACAUGGAGACAAAGGUGACAUGGGGCAUCCUGGCCAAAAAGGAUCUUCUGGAGUUCCUGGUGGUCCUGGGCUCAAAGGAGAAAAAGGAGACCUUGGAAAUUAUGGUCCACCAGGACCUCCAGGUGCGAGAGGACCCAGUGGUUUCAACGGAGCUCAGGGUCCUCCUGGACCACCAGGUUCCAAAGGAGACAAGGGAGACCAACGAAACCCACCAGAGUUGAAUGUGCGUCUUGUGCCAGGGAGAUACCGAGGGCGAGUGGAGGUGAGGUACAAUGGGAUCUGGGGCACCGUGUGUGAUGACAACUUUGACACUGUGGAUGGCAAGGUGAUCUGUAAGAUGCUGGGCUUCCAAUCCGCCAUUUCCACCUUCACUGCCAGCCCGGGGUCUGGUACUAUCUGGCUGGAUGAUGUACGAUGCUUAGGAACAGAGUCCGAUAUCUUUAACUGCCCACACAAUGGAAUUGGUGUUAACAACUGCCAACACAACGAGGAUGCUGGAGUGCAAUGUAUCUAGACUGAUACCACAUUGAAGAUUAACAAGAAAAUGGUGUUUCAACUGUUUUACAGUUACCUUUGAUACAGAUGCAGUGAAAAGUUAAGAGGCAGCCACACACACACUUCCGCAUACACACACACACACACACACACACACACACACACACACACACACACACACACACACACACACACACACACACACACACACACACACACACAUACACAUAUACACACAUACACAAACACAUCAUAAGCAGGGAACAGCAUGGCUACUAAUGAUGUUCACAGCCGCAUCUCAUUACAUAGUCAUAAAACACAGCAUAAAAAACUGCAUUUGGCUAAGAUUCACAUUAAUACUGAACACAUUACCUUAAAUUACAGUGUACUGCAAAAAAAAGGUCAUGCUAAUAAAACU